AUGUCUAUGUUCGGGGCGCUAAAUCGCUUCAUAUCGCGAUUAGACGCUGCACCCCUCAACGAGGAGCAGCAGUCUGCUACCAAUGGCGCAUACGGAUUCCAGGUGCUGAGAAAUGCCAAUCCAGAAGUACCUCUAGAGCCAUGGUUUGAUUUUGUCAUUGGAAUCAAUGGGCGAACUAUUGUAUGUAUGAUUCCGUCUGAUUCAAGGGCGGCAGCACAGGAAACGAAAGAGCUGGAGAGUCAGGAAAACUACGAAAUGGGUGAUAACCCCGACCCAAGCCUCUUUGCGACAGAGGUACGGAACUGUGCUGGCACAACAAUUAGUCUGGGCGUAUUCAGUGCGAAGGGCCAAAAGAUCCGGGAAGUCUAUCUACAGAUCCCCGCAAACCAGCCUACACUAGGCAUCUCCCUGCAAUGGUCCCCACUUGCCAUCGCAGAAGACGUCUGGCACAUCCUAGACGUAGCUCCCAAUUCACCCGCUGAUGCCGCGGGGUUGCUACCCUACGGUGAUUACGUCAUCGGCAGUCCCGAAGGGCUUGUGCGCGGCGAAUCAGGCUUGGGUGAGCUUGUUGAAGACUUCAUGAACAGGCCGUUGAGACUAUACGUGUAUAACCAUGAAUACAACGUCACCCGACCUGUUACCAUCACGCCUACACGUAACUGGGGCGGUGAGGGUGCGUUGGGCUGUGUUCUGGGCUUUGGGGCUUUGCAUCGUAUUCCAGCGGGGCUGGACGAGCCGCCGCCAGCGCCUGGGGAGACGUUCUUCUCCACGGGCGAUGCUAGUGGGGCUACCUCGUUCGACGAGAAACGCCCUUUGACGGGUACCGCUGAUUUCUCUGCUGUUCAGCCCCAGGGUGCACCGGCUGAAUUGUUUGUACCAGCCAAUAUGGCGCUACCGUCGGUCUCUCCACCGCCUCAGGGCACGAUGCCGCCUCCAAAGAGGAAAGGCAGAGCGCACCAUGUGGCUAGCCCCGCAGGUGGCGGUGGUGGUGUCCUGGACGACUACUUCAAAGAAGGCGAGCAGAAGAGUCUAGAGCAAGACUAUGCACCAAAGAAGACCAGUGGUGUCCCUCCGCCUCCGAAGGCUGGCGGUCCGCCAAGAGGUCCGCCCAAGAGUGGUAGUGCGAGCAGGACAGGCACACCAGUCCAAAGCGAUGGCAAUGCAGAGGGUACAGCAGACCCAGAAGCAGCAUAA